CUUGACGUCUAUGUAUUGGUUCACAUAGCUGACCUACAGACUGGUGUGCAGCCGGGGCCUUUACUUAAAGAUAUAUGCAUGGCUUCGACUGGACUUCUCAUCUUUGGAUUCACGUUCUUUUAUGGAGGAAUGACUGUAAAAUCAUGGGGUGUGUACAAGUUAUUCAGCCAGCAAAGAACGGAGUCCGUGAAGGAAGUAUGGUUGGUUUUCAUAUUUUUCCUGCUCGUUGUUGCAGAUGUCGUUAUAAUUGCUGUUUGGUUUGCCAUUGAUCCUUUACAUCCAAUUACAAGAGAAUUGAGUUCAACCAUUUAUGUCAAUGAAGAAAGGAUACUCCCACUUUUCCGGUUUUGCUGUUGCAGUCUUCAUGAGUUUGUUGACCAGUAUUGUAUUGGUUGUUAUCUCGUUCUUGAUUCCAACUGAACCGAAUGCCUUGUUUAUCAUAACUGGAUGUCUGAUAAUAUUCACAAC